UUAGCACUGUCGGAGCGCGAGCGCGCGCGACUAGCGGAGCAACGCGACACCACCGCCGCGGCACACCACUACCGGCUGCACGACGAACUGCAACAACACUUCGACCAGGAAGCGUGGCUGCUGUCCGUGUCCGUGGGGCUGGAGGGCGGCGUGCACGUGGCGUCGUGCGGCCACCACCUGCACGUGCGCUGCCUCGCCGCGUACCUGCGCUCGCUGGCGGCGCCCGCGCGCCCGCACAACCUGCACGUGGCCGGCGGCGAGUUCCUGUGCCCCGUGUGUCGCCAGCUCGCCAACAGCGUGUUGCCGCUGCCGCCGCGCAGCGCCGUCCCCCCCGCGCCCCCCGCGCCCCCCGCGCCCCCCGCACCGCCGCACGAGGCCGUGCGGGACAUGUUGGCGCGCACGCACCCCCAGCCCGCUUCUAGCGCCCUAACGGACGCAAUGAACAAAGCGAUGGAGGACAUGACGGCGACCGCCAGCACUAAACUACGGCAGCGUUACGGCUCCUCGCCCGCUGCUAUAUUUACCUUUGUCACUUCACUGGUGCGCACGAAUUUAGAAUGCGAGUUGGUCCAGCGCGGAGGUUCCCUGGUGACUCCCGAACCCGAACCGGCUUCCUCUUCUACGGCGGAACCGAGGCCGCGGUACAAGCCCCGGAACGACUGCAUAGUCCCGCUGAUGGUGGUGGCGGGUGCGCACGCGCGCAUGCUCCGGCUGGGCGGCGGGCUGGGCGCCGCGGCCGCGUGGGAGGAGCUGUGCCCCGCCCCCGCCCCGGACCCGGCCGCCCCCGCCCCCGCCCUCGCCCCCGCCCCCGCCGCGCCCCCCGUGCCCGCCGAGCCGCAGCGCCCCGUGCCCCUGCUGCUGCGGGACCCGGCCGCGUUGCUGAUGCACUUCCUCCUGCUGGCGCCCCGGGACCCGCCUUACAUGGCUCCACAGCACUUCACCUGCAUAGUGCAGGCGCUGUACGCGCUGAGCUACUACCAGAUCUCGUGCCAGUUCCUGGCGUGCGCGUCGGCCGCGGGGCGCGCGGCGCUGGGCGCGGGGGGCGCCGGGGGCGCCGGUGGCGCUGGUGGCGCCGGGGCGCCGCAGCCCUCGGGGCUAGCGCGGGCGGCGCGGCUGCUGCUGCGCGCGCUCGCCGGCUCCGAGCUGUUCACCGAGGACGAGCCCGGCGCCGGCGAGGACGUGGACCUGGCGCACAUGGAGCGCCAGCUGCAGGAGCUGCUGCUGCCGUUCCUGCGCAUGGCCGCCCUGCUGCGCCACCACCUGUACGGCGGCUCGCUGCCCACCGUGCCCUCGGCCGAGGCGGAGUUCCCGGCGCUGGUGCACUACCUGGAGCUGUGCACGGAGGCGGUGGAGGACGUGGCCGCCGCCGCGCUGCCGCCGCACGCGCCCGGGCUGGCGAGAGCCGCCGCCAGGAGGCUGAGCCAAGCGGCCCUCGGCGGGCGGCUGGCCGUGCGUCGCGUCCUGCGCGCGCUGCACGUGUCGUGGCUGCCCCCCGCGCUGCUCGCGCUGCCCCGGGACUACGACCGCCUGUUCUCCUACUACCACGAGCGCGUCUGUCUGCAGUGCGGCGCCGUGCCCAAGGAGGCGUCCGUCUGUCUGCUGUGCGGGACCCUCGUGUGCCUCAAGCAGCCCUGCUGCCGCCAGCACCAGGUGGCCGAGGCCGUGCAGCACGCCAUGGAAUGCGGAGGCGGCACGGGCAUCUUCCUCGUGGUGACGUCCACGUACAUCAUCGUGAUCCGCGGCCGCCGCGCCUGCCUGUGGGGCUCGCUGUACCUCGACGACUACGACGAGGAGGACCGCGAUCUCAAACGCGGCAAGCCGCUGUACCUGUCCAACGACCGCGCGGAACUACUCCAAGCGCAGUGGCUGGCGCACCGCUUCGACCACACCAAGCGCACCUGGGUGUGGCACCGCGACUCGCUGUGAGUGGUGAUCUGAAGCAGCCGGGCUCCGCGACGCCCCGGUCUCCCCCGCGCCACUCGGUAUUGGUAACGUAACGACCACACGAACCUGCAGGACGCGUACAUUCAAGGAAUUUCAUUUCUUUGUCACUUCGUAUUUAGAUAUUAUAUUAUUGUCACUACGACAAGCUUUGAUCCCUAGCGGAUUUUAUAUAUAUUGCCAUUGUGACAAUGUACGAAGUGCCACAGAAAUCAACUGUACUUACUGCAUACUACGCCAAUACUAACGAAACUGAUCUGAAUAUCGGUCAAAUUUAUCAUAAAAUAUUUAUAUAGACAAAUGGCAUAUUCUAUCAUCGUUAGAAACACGCCGCUCGCUAUACACUGAGUAUUGCUUCAACGACAUCUUUGUUAGAUUACUGUUUAUUUCUAGAUAAAGCUAGGGUGUAUAUAUUAGAUAGCCUACUGUCAACGGCUGAUGGAGUUGAUUUGUGAUUUUUAUAUUAUAUUUUACCCGAUUCGACGAACGACAUAGUUUUAUGUCAGAUUAGAUUUGUGUUUCUCUGACCGCUUAAAUCGGCGGCCGUUCUAAACUCGACAAAACCGAGAAAACAAAAUAUUUUUUAGCACUAAAGAAUUUUUUAAUAGCUUUUGUUGUUUUUUGAUGUUUGCCCUUUUGUUGUCUCACCCUGUUUUAAUCCUCUUGAUCAAAAGAAAUUUUUAAUUCUUCUUAAAAUUAUACGAAUUUCGUAUUAUCCCGGCCACAACGGAGUCCCGCAAGGAGGUGUGUUAGGUCCGGCGAUAUAUCUUGCGAACAAAAUGGCGAGACGUCAACGGUUCACUGUUGUAUAUCCGCUGUCAAUUCGCUGGCUGUGAAUGUAAUUACUGUUGACUCGGUUGCCGACAACUUAGAUGUAACAUAUUAAAUUAUUGUUCUUUAUUCUUACUGGGAUUCAUAUGUCCACUUCACCGUGUGAUUGCUGUGGUAUGACCACAUGACACUAAUUAUUUUGUGCAAUUCUUGAUUUAAAAUGCUUGUAACCAUCGUUAAAUAUAGGUAUCAAAAUUGUUACAUAAAUAACUUAACCCGCUGCAGUGGACAGGGUUUCUUAUAAUAUUAUCAUUAUUAUGAACCAUUCAUACAAUUAUUUACUUAUUUAUAUUAAAUGCCAGUUUUACAAAAGUACUGAGUUUAUUAUUAUAUAUAUGAUCGCUUCUAACCUUCUAAUCAUGUUGGUGUUAAUUAAGUUUGUAUAAUAGUUUUACAUACAGAGUUAAUGCAAAUUGUGUAACUGUUUGUGUUUAUGUUUUGUUUUGUGCUUGCAAAGAUCGGUUGGUGGGUUAAUUAUUUGAAUUUAACGUCAAUAUAGGCAUUUAAAAGUAGUUUUUGCAUGUCUAUUUAGACACUACUAAUACCUGUCAUCGAUCAGAGCAACGUAUACAAUAAUCAACGCUGGAGGCGCAGCGUAAUUGUGUUAUCUUAAUAUUUGUUACUGUAUUCUUUAUUCAAUUAAUAGUGUUUAGGAUCUGAUAUAUCUCGUGCAAUCCGGAUUUUGGCAUUAUUAUAGGUUACGGACCGUUCGGCGUCAAAACGUUAAGUUAUGUUGUUACUGAAACGUGUAUAAUGCGAUAAAUAAUUUAGAAAUUUUAAUUAAUGUUUCAAUUAUGUAGAAAUUUAAUGUAUUUUUGUAAUCAACGAAUUGCUGAUCCUACGAACUUUGAAUAGAUUUUAGUAAAGCUAGCAUGCAUAAAAACAUAGGACGUAGACGGUCAAAGACUGCGUUAGUGUUAACUGUAUGGAAUAUCUUCAAUUUUAUUUUCAAUGACGUUAGGUUUUAUGUUUUAUUUUUGACUGCCUAUGUCCUUCAGUUUUUGUAUGAAAAGUCUCCUUAAUAUACGCCUACUUGAGGUUACUUAGCCUUAGACACUGUUAGAACACUUGCUAAGUUAAAUCAAACCCUACGUUUGUAGCGACAAAGUCCGUUUUCGUAUCACACCCGAGUGCUAGCACCAGCGACUAAAUCAAUGAUUGUUAACUCUUGUAUGUAUAUUGUUCAUGUAUAUAUUCAAUAAUUAAAGUUGUUGAUAUUUCA